UGACUGAUUCAUCAACACAGUGCCAUACACUAGAGUUUAUACAAUAAUACAUGACUGUAUAAGUUAUAGUUAUGGGUGAUUAAAGUUUAGUAGAAAUGGCUACACCAGAAACGAAAGUGUUGGAAAAGUGUUAUCCUGAUCUCGUGAAGUGUAUUGAAAUAGCACCUACUGAUGUAGCAGUUAAGGUUAGACCACAUGGAUUACUUUCACCAAAGGAUUUUAUAUACAUCAACAAUGACAAUCGAGACAGAGAUGAUAAAGCAAUAAGAUUGUUAGACUCUGUGAGCAAUCAGGUGUUGAUAAACAAAGAAUCUUUUCAUCUGUUUGUUAGUGCUUUGAAGGAAGCUGGAACUUUUACAAAGAGUGCAGUUGCUUUGCUUGAAGCAACAUACAAGGACAUUUCAAAUCCUUCCUUUUGUGCAGAUGAUCUCAAUGUCAAGGAGCUGCCCCCUGAUUCUGCAAGCAAAUCUCCGACAGCUUCACAGCCUCAUGCAGCUGCCUGCAAGAUAGAGGAGAUGCAGAUGUUUUGUACCGCUGACGAUGAGAAAUUGGAGCAGGUUGACCCCUCCAACAUCCCAACAGAUGCUCAGGGUGGGGUAGCACGACUCCACUUACUGUGGGAUGUGGAGCAAAUUCCAGAGCUGAAGAUACAUUUCUUGAAUCCCGACAUUCUUGAGGACGAGCACUGGAAAUGUGGGCAUGCGGGUCCCUUAACAGUCGACACUAUCCUGGCUUGGGCUGCUGUCUGGAAUAGCCAUGCUGACAACUACCCACAGAUUGCUGAGGGACUAGCAACAAAGGAAAAAGCCCAUAUCCGUGUGGAAUUUCGGAGGAAAGGGAUCUCAUGGUCCAAGGUUGGAACCACAGCCACCUGGCAAAGUGACAAGAAGAAACCAACGAUGGUGCUCAACUUGUAUGGCAUGACAAAAGCUGACCAGAGAAGCAUGGUGAUUCAUGAGUUUGGCCAUGCUCUAGGACUGGAUCACGAGCAUCAGCGAUCUGACUUCUGGGAUGUGCUGGAAUCAAAAGAUGAGGAUGAAGAAUAUCGAUUUAUUAUUGGGAAAAGGCGAAUGAAGAGUGGAAAUGGUGGGCGUUGCCAGCGAGCUUGUGAUGCAGUUUUCAGAGCUAAGCUGAAGGAGCCAUCCGGAAGAAAAGAAUCCUGUUACGAUUCUGACAGUAUUAUGCACUAUUGGUUUGACAAAAACUGGUUGUUGCCGGAGUAUCACAAAAGUGCGAAUGUGGCUAAGGUUAGGAAUGAGCGGGAGAGGAAGGUGCUAUUUGGAGUUCAUAAACGUGACUACCACAAUGGGAAUCUGGCAGAAAAACCAUCCAAGCUGGACUAUGAGACAUUGAAUAGGGCCUAUGAAAAACCAAGUGGGCUACCCGGCCCACCUGAUGCUGCUGCUGCUCCUCCAACGUUAACCACUGCCCAGUACACAAAGCCUGAAGUUCAGACUGAAGCAACUGCAGCCCAGUUGAGUCAACAGUGUUCUAAUGACGCUCUCAUCCAGUUGUCUACCGAGAUUGCUGACUAUAACGGUUUCAAAGUCAGGCUGGGCCUCAGUGAUGCUGAAAUUAACGCUAUUGAUCAGACACCUGCCACAAUUAAUGAUAUUCAAGGGAGAUUUUUGACUGCUUUGAAAACGUGGCAGAGUACAGGCAUGUUGGAAACACCAGCUACAUGUACUUAUGGUCGAUUAAUGGACAUUGCUAGGAAUAAGAAGGACGGGUUUGCAUUUAAGAGUAUUCAAAGGGCUUGUAUCAAGUAUGCAGGCUGCUGAGAAGGUAUAUACUUGAGGUCAAGGUGACGUCUAAGUGCACUCACUGUAGCCAUGGUACAAUUCAAUCAAAAUUGGAGACAUGCCUUUUUACCUGCGGGAAAGCAAGGCGUCCAGUUGUCUACACGCAUGAGAAGUCAACUCAUCUAUUUUUCACUUGGUUGAGUUAAUGGUCUUUACUCUUUUUCACCUGAUGAGAUCUAUGCUGCAUGCAUGAGUGCACUAAUGCUUGUAGAGUCACAUGUGCAGGAAGCAUAAAGUAGUGGAUAGAGUGGAGUGGGGGAGUGGAGGCUAGGCACUCACCCCUCAAUUAUUAUGUAAUAGUGCUUAGGCCAAAUUAUUAUAAUUAUAGACACCUACAUGCAUUAAUUUGCACCCAUGUUUCAAUCUGUUCCUAUAAUUUAUGCCACAGUUUCAAUUUUGCAAAAUGGUUCUAGCCAAACUAUUUCCACUGUGUGCACCUGUUCACACUGAUGUCUAUGCAUGCAUAUACUUCAGAAGCAUACAUUCAUGGCAAUUAUGGGGUAAACAAUAUUCAUAGCUAUAAUACCCCAAAGGAAGUACUGCUCUCAUGUGACAUCAGCCUGAUUCAUCAACACAGUGAUACAUUACUGUAU